AGCAGCGGCUGACUUCUCGGCUUAGCGCGGUUCCAUCAUGAACCGUCCGCGGUUUUUCAGUGCGCAACGAUUUCAAUUCCGCAGCGGAGAAGCUGGGAUGAUCUUCUGUUUUUAACUGAACUGGACAUCUCUUCCGAGCCAAUGUUCAUCUUGUCGUUCGACUAGUCAGAUGGACUUUGCUGCUGAGGAAGUACCCGCUCCCUCUUGAAUCUCAGGAAAAUGACAGACGACCAGGAAACCACAGACACCGAGGACACGACUCCGUCCGGGAGCGCGACCUUGCCGCCGCUCCGGCCGCCGUGCGAGCGCCUCUCCUGCCACAAGAGCAGCGUGUGCUCCCGCUCCUACUUCGUGGUAGUAAUGGUGUUCUUUCACGUCUACAUCAUUAAUGUCAUUGCGCUGUUAUUUUACGUGCACUACAGCAGCGGGCAGGAGGACGCCAGUCGGAGUCGCGAUGCGCAGAGCAGUGGCCACCAGCGCCCCGAGUCGGGACCUCCGCCAUCAAAGACGGAGUUCCUGCGUGAUGUUUCCCUAACAAGAAUCGAGGGCAUCAGGGUGGGACAUGUCCAGAAGGUGUCACUGGUGCCGGGGAGAGUGCAUGAAAUGCGCACUCUGAGUCUGAAACCUCUGCUGUUUGAGAUCCCUGACUUUUUGUCGGAGGAUGAGUGCCGGGUUGUGAUGCAGCUUGCGCAGCUAAAGGGUCUGAUGGAGAGCCAGCUGAUGGUGCAAGAUGGCCAGGAGGAGCUGGCCAAGGAGCUCAACCUCAGCCCGGAGGAGAUCUUCAACCUCCUUGAUAUCAACCAAGAUGGACAGUUGCAGCUCCAUGAGAUACUGACUCACUCUCGAGUGCGGGACGGCAUCUGGCUCACGCCGGAGAACCUGCGAGAAAUCUAUGCUGGGCUCAAAGCUGACAAGGAUGGUAACGGUUUGCUGAGUCUGGAGGAGUUCAGGCUCCUGAGCAAUGACGCCUUCCAGCGCUUCCUGAUGCAGCGAGGGGUGAAAAGGAGUCAGCUGGUGAGGAACAGCAGACAUACGUGGCUGUACCAGGGCAAAGGAGCACACCAGGUCCUUCAAGACAUCAAGGCGAGGGUCACUCGCCUCACUCGGCUCCCGCCUUACUUGGUGGACCUCAGCGAGCCGCUCCAGGUGGUUCGCUACGAGGAGGGAGGACACUACCACGCCCACCAUGACAGCGGCCCCGUGUAUCCUGAAACAGCCUGCACGCACACGCGCCUCGCAGCCAACACCUCCACUCCCUUUGAGACGUCCUGCAGGUACAUCACAGUUCUCUUCUACCUGAACUCUGUUGAGGGGGGUGGGGAGACCGCAUUCCCUGUGGCAGACAACAGGACCUAUGAUGAAGUGUCUCUAAUACAGAAUGACGUCGAUCUUUUGGACACCAGGAGGAACUGUAACAAGAGCAACCUGAAGGUGAAGCCGACCAAAGGGACAGCCGUUUUCUGGUACAACUACCUUUCUGAUGGAAGAGGUUGGGUGGGAGAGCAGGAUGAAUACGCUCUGCACGGCGGCUGUGUGGUCACCCACGGCACUAAGUGGGUUGCAAAUAAAUGGAUCAACAUUGACCCGGAUUACCAGCGGCAGGCUCGCUACCAGCAGCUGGUUUCACAGCAGCCAGGGGACGAGGAUGAUGAAGGUCUGACUCUGAACCUGGACACACACAGUUCUGAUAUCCAUCAAGACCUGUAGCUCAUAAACCAAAUUCAUAACAAAGAAAUCUACCUAGCCGUCCUCGGUCUUGUGCACAAUGUCCUUUAGAACCAUCCUCUGUGGCUGGUAUGUAGAAACAAGAUUUAUUCAGGGAAUGAGGUCACAGUGGGUUUAUGCAACUGUAAAGAGAUGCUUUUGUUAAAUAUUGCUUGGAUAUUGUUGUUAUCCUGUUAUUUUUUCAGCUAUAGUUUCCCAUUUUAGGAAUGUUGCACUAGAAACUCAUUGAAGGAGUCGAGACAAAAAAAAAUCCCUUUGCAUGCAUUAGCUUCACAGGUUUGCUGUUGCUAUUAGCAAAAAAAAAAAUUGCACUUGAAAAUUGAAAUGGCUCUGUAAACAUUUCAAUGUCCUACCUUGUUAUUGCUGCCAUGACCAAAAAAGGCUCACACGCCCUCAGUGUGAUGCAUGUUGCCUUGUCUUUGUUCCUUGAAUUAAUCAGUAUUUUCUGCCAGAUUCCUAUUGAAAGGUAUUGUUUGGAUGCUUUAUUUUAUUUAUUUCUAUAUUUCUUCAAGAAUGCA